GAAGACGCAUGGAUGACGUUCUUCCACCGCAAGCUCCGCGCCACCAUCGAAGCAGGCCACAUGAUCAAGCUCCCCGGUCCCUCCAACAUCAUGGUUCCUUUCAACGCCUACUUCGAAGGCAAGACGCUCAAGGAUACAAAUGGAGAAGCCGUAGGACCAAGACCUGCGCGCGAUGCAACAUCCAUCAGGGGAAAGCUCGAUGGUAGGGCGAGCAAGAUU